AUGGCCAUCGUCCUGCCCUUUGCAUCACUCAAUUCCAAUGUGGCUGUCCAGCCCUUUGCCUCUCACGGCAUUAAGAAGCGCCCGUUGACGCUCCGCCGUCACGUGAACAACACGCCCCAAAUCCCUCGCGAUGACGUCGUCGCCGCUUCCAAGCAGACGCUCGGUCACUCGUCGAUUGGCCACUCUGGAAGCAGCUCGAACGGCAAAGUCCCAGUUGACAUUAAUCCGCACGAGUUGACGCUGCUCAAAGUCGUCGGUCGGGGCACCUUCGCCUGUCAAGUGGCGCUGGCCAAACACGACAAAACCCAGAGCCUGUACGUCGUCAAGACGCUCGAGAAGCGCUCGUUGCGCCAGCGCAAACAAGUGGAGCACACGCUCACGGAGAAGAAGGUGCUCGAGCAGCUGGACGGCCACCCGUUCAUUGUCAAGCUUUACUCGGCUUUCCAGACUGCACACGACCUGCACUUCGUGCUCGAGUACUGUCAAGGGGGCGAGCUCUUUUUCCACUUGCAGCAGCAAGACUCGCACCACUUUGACGAAGCCGCGACGCGGUUCUACGCUGCAGAAGUGCUGGCUACUCUGAGUGAGCUGCACGCUCGUGGCAUCGUCUACCGCGAUCUAAAGCCGGAAAACGUCUUGCUAGAUGCUCAAGGACAUGUGAAGCUGACAGACUUUGGUUUUGCCAAGCAGGACAUGAAGGCUGGACAGCGCACGUACUCUUUCUGUGGCUCGCCCGAGUAUUUGUCGCCUGAGAUGGUCAAGAAAGAUGGUCAUGGCAUUGAAACAGAUAUGUGGUCGUUUGGCUGCUUCAUUUACGAGCUCCUUACUGGCGCGCCGCCAUUCCGAUGCGAUAACAUGCUGCGCCUUUUCAGGUUGAUUGAGCAAGGACGGGUUUGGUAUCCACCUUUUCUAUCGGGCCACGCCAUGUCGCUGCUCAAGGGCUUGCUGUGCGUCAAUCCUGUCAGUCGUCUCACUGCCACACAGGCCAUGGAGCACCCGUUUUUCAAGCAGUCUCUCGAUUGGAACGAGCUCUUGCAGCGCCAAGUGCCGCCGCCUAUCGUGCCCGUCUGUCGUGGCCGCGAAUCCACCGAGAACUUCGACAAAGACUUUACGACUGCAGCCGUGAUGUCACUGAAGCUGCAACCGAGUGAUCUCGUGAACCGCCUGCGCCGUGAUGACUGUUUGGAAUUAGUCACUGGAGCUGACGAAUUCCAGGACUUUUAG